UAAUAUGAAUCCCAGUAUAUUAUCGUUUCGAAUACAUUCCACACGUCCGACAUUUAAUUUUAUAAUUAAAUAUUUAAAUUAUUAAAAAUAAAACACGAAUAAUAUUUGGCAUGGUUUUAAAAAAUAUCUUUUAUUUUAUAAUAAUGUGGAAUAUAUUAGCUUUUUUAUUAUUUAUGUGCGUUUCCGUUAACGGCGACUCGAAAGAAUUGUUUGAAGGUGAUCUCUGCGAUGCCGGGGCAGGUCAGCAGGCGUUCUGUCUACACAUACAGGAAUGCAUGGGCGCCGUAGCCGCUGCCAAAAAUGGGACACCAUACACUAUCUGUACAUAUCGUGGCAAAGAUCCAAUCGUGUGCUGUUUGGACGCGUUACUCAAGUUUACGCCAAUAGCGGUAGAGAGGAGCGACUACCAAGAUCAGGAUGGUUGCAUUGUGUCUACCAAACGCACUGGGCUACAGAUUGGACAGAAGGCGUUGGAGAAAUGCUUGAAAUAUCAGCAAAACACGUGCCCAUGCAAGACGGGUGCAAGCGGUAUAUCUUUCGAGGACAUCAUAGCUCAUGGGGAGAACGCUGAACUAAACGAAUUUAGUAACAUGGCUUUGCUUGGCUACGGUGACAAUAUCACGACAGCGCAGUGGUCGUGUGGAGGCAGCGUGAUCAGCGAGCGAUACAUCCUCACCGCGGGGCACUGCAUCAGCGGGAGGGAGAUCGGGGACGUGAAGUUCAUUGCCCUGGGUAUACUAGCGCGCACGGACCUAAAGAAGGAUGUGGUGUACAGUGUGGAGAGGAUCAUACGGCAUCCUGAGUACAAGCCGCCCGUCAAGUACCACGAUAUCGCUUUGCUGAAAACGGACCGCGACAUAUCCUUUUCGCUGGCAAUCAAACCGGCUUGCUUGGAAGUGGAUAAUAUUCAACGGGAGGGUCACGAGGCGACGGCCAUCGGUUGGGGGACGCUGGGAGACGGAGAUGACACUGCUAAUACUCUCCAGAAGACGAAGCUGUACCAGUUUCCUCAUCAGGAGUGCUCUGACCGGUACAGACCUACCAGGCUUCUGAGAAACGGGAUCAAUCAGACCAUCCAAAUGUGCUACGGACACAAAACAAGACCCACCGACACUUGCCAGGGCGACAGCGGCGGGCCCCUGUUGAUCAGCAACAAGUUCCGCUGUCUCCACUCCAUCGUCGGAGUGACCUCUUUCGGCUCCGCUUGCGGCCAUACUGGCAUACCCGGGGUCUACAUCAGGCUAGUCCCAUACCUGCCCUGGAUAGAAAGUGUUGUAUGGCCUUAAGUGAAAUAAAUGCUUUGAUUUAUU